GUUAUUAGUGCAAUGGGCAGCUCCUCCCCGCACCCUUCCUCGUUUCUAUUCACUGAUUGCAAGGGAAGCAAACGCAGGGGCACAGGUUUAAACUGUGUCAUAUCGUAGGCCUCCAACAGCAAGCAUCAUGGAGUCAAUCAAUCCAUCCUUCUACCCUGCCACAAGGGCCGGCGCAGCGACCGAGAACUUCAUUAACUACAAGCUUGGCGGCCCUCACCGGCUAUUCCAGUUAAAGGUGACAGAAGCGAGGAAAGAGAGUAUUCCCGGGGUUGGAAAUAAAUAUUAUAUCACGUCUUCUAUGAAGGAUUUAGUAAAUGAGCGACCUGCUGUUAGUUGCACCGCGGAGAUUCUGUACUAUCAGAGCGACCAGCAGAAAGCCCCCGAUGUCAGCUUUAACCUACAGACAGAGCUUGAGAAUUACACGUUGGAAAAAGAUAUUGAGUUUUACGACAGAAUGAAGGCUUUGCCCCAACCGCUCAAAGCAACAGACAUCCCAGAUAAAUUUGGCAACGUGGCGGCAGACAUGGAGCCCGUCUGGCACUUGGCAUUGGCAGCCUGCGGUUAUGUGAAGUGGCAAAACUCCACAGAAGACACUUUCUACGCGAUGGCGUUAAUUAAAAGCGUCAAACAGAAGAAAAGACAAGAUACAGCCUUAGAAUUUCACUAUGUUAUGCUGAUCCACGAAAUGGUAACGCAGGAAAUGAUUCCUUGGCAAAUAGAUAUUUUAUGGGAUCCAUGGCAAGGGAUAAAAAUAGAAAACCAAGUUCGUCUGCCGAAAUCAUGUUGCAGUUAAACAGACCAGCGACGGCCCCCCAAGAGGCAGUCUCCGUGUAGCGGUACUUACGGCACAGAUCUGGCGAUCGUCUCUCUGAAGGCGACUUUUGGUUUUCCCAUGAUGCAUGGACAACCAUAUUCCCUUUCCAUCCGCUUGAAAAACCAGCAAAAAAACAGAAAAAAAAAAGAAAUUGGUGAACCAAACAAAUAAUUCCAAGUUAUUUGUGUUGAUUUCCAGACUCCCAAGAUAACCGAUUACAACCUCCUUUCAUGUUUUGGGCGUUACCAAAAUAAAGAGGUAUGAUACCC